AUCGAGAAACUUCAGAUUUUCUUUCUGGUGUGUCUGGCCUGCUGUCAAAUCUGCUCCACAAACGCACACACACACGCGCACACACGGAAAAACGGGAAACGAUAUUGGGCUUUUCACCAUCGCCAGGGCAAAGAAAAAGAUGGACGCCAUUGUUGCAGUUUGCUGCUGAACGGGUUGAAAACGACCAGGGGGCCUUUUCCUUUCUCCGCGGACCUGUGCUGGGUGGCGUUUUUGUUGUCGCACUGUGGUCGGACAAUGGUUAAUGCCGAGUGCGUUGGAAAGUGUGCGUUGGAAUCGUUUGCGAACGGAGCUAGUUGCUAGUGCUAGUGGUGCUGUGCGGGUAUUUGCGGUGGUCGGGAAGUUUCUGUUUCUGUUACGAUUUUGUUAGGGAGAGAGAGUGAGAGAGUGCGCGUGCGGGGUGGGAGAAAGGUGUGUGCAGCAGUGAAAGAAAAAAACGGGCGAAAAAUCCUGCAAGCCCCCCUACAAAGGAGUCCCGUUUUUUUGGAGUUCCCUGUGUGUGUGUGUGUGUGUAUGCGUAGUUAGUUCAUUAAUUGUGUGAUUGGUUUGUGAUUGGAAAUUCGGUAGAGUUGUAGUGAAAAUUGUAGCUCACACACAGCUCCAACCACUCCUGCGCCAGUCCCCAAAAGAAGCAUACUCCAACGUGUGUGUGUUUCUGUGUGUGUGUGAGUGUGUGUGUGGCCUGGAAAAUUACUUCAUCGUUCCUUCGUUGCUUGUCGGCGGUGCUGUGCGGGCGUGCCAGUUGCCCCCGUCGCUGAACAACGCUGGCCACCGUCCUCGGAUGUGUUGCUGCCCGUAAGCUUCGGACCGCCGUUUGCCAGCCUACACGAGGGACAGUAAAAAGUGAAGCCUUCCCCACGCCCGUCCGCCCGCUGUAGCAGCCGUCAAACAGCAGACACAAACCAGUACGCCACGCCAGCACAAAGGGCCUGUGGUUGGUCCUGGUGUGCGCCUAGAACACAAGAUUUCGGACCGUCCGAGAUACCAGUGCGCGUCCAUCGGCGACGAUGUUGUACACGGGCGGCAGAAGUAGCUGCGGGAUACUAGCGUUCACGUUUCUGCUGUUCUUUGCCAUCUCGAUUACCCGCAGUGCCGAUGAGCCGACGACAACAAUCAAGUACAACGUUGUACAAGCCUGGGCGGCCAAACUGGGCGGUGAGCUGUGGCAUUUGGGGGAUUUUAUAACGAGAAGAAAGGAGGUGGAAGAGAGUUUUAAACAAGCGCAGGUAGUUAACAAAAAUGGAGCAAAAAUCGUUGAAGAGAUGGCCAAGGAUCUCAAGUACAUGAUGGAUGCGAAAGUGAGCGCCGUGAAGCGCAUCAUGGAUACAGCAGAGAACACUGCCAUAUCGUUCGACGAGGAGCCGGUGAACCAAAGCUUCCAGUACUACAACGCGAAGCAGAUGAUCGAGCCGGGCGAAAUCAUCACCACGCCGAUCCCGAUGAUCGACGAGGACCCGGCCGACAUUACCACGCCGAUACCGCCGAAGGAGAUCGUGCUGACGAAGAAGCGCCACUUCUUCAACGAGGCCGUCAACACGACGGUCAGCUCGGUGCACGUGCCGACGAACGUGUACGACCGGGCGACCGAGGUGAUCAAGGCGAUCAAGUGGUCCGAGGCGCUCGACUCCAUCUUCUACAACAACUACAUCGGCGACCCGACGCUGACGUGGCAGUACUUUGGCAGCUCGAGCGGCUUCCUGCGCCAGUUCCCGGCGACCAAGUGGGAGCAGGACCCGGUCGACCUGUACGACUGCCGGCUGCGCUCCUGGUACAUCGAGGCGGCCAACAGCCCGAAGGACAUGCUGAUCCUCGUGGACAGCUCCGGCUCGAUGACGGGCCAGCGGAAGGACAUUGCCAAGCACGUCGUCUCGAACAUCCUCGACACGCUCGGACCGAACGACUACGUCAACAUUUUCACCUUCUCAGAAGAGGUGGCGGAAGUGGUGCCGUGCUUUCGCGACACGCUCGUGCAGGCCAACAUGGGCAACAUUCGCGAGCUGAAGCUCGGUAUGGACAACAUAGAGACCAAUGAGAUCGCUAACGUUUCAGCCGCCCUCACGAGGGCGUUCGAGCUGCUGGAACAGUUCCGGGAAACCCGCAACGGGGCCCGGUGCAACCAAGCGAUCAUGUUGGUCUCGGAUGGUGUUCCAUACAGCUUCGACGAGGUGUUCGAGCAGUUUAAUUGGAAGGAGCUUCCGUUCAUACCGGUGCGCGUGUUUACGUACCUGAUCGGGCGCGAGGUGGCGGACGUGAAGGAGAUCAAGGAGAUGGCAUGUCGUAAUCAGGGCUACUACGUGCAUCUCAGCACGAUGGCGGAGGUGCGGGAGGAAGUGCUGAACUAUAUACCGGUCAUUGCGCGACCGCUGGUGCUGAACAAGCGCGAACAUCCGGUGGUUUGGUCGGAGAUAUAUGCGGACGUUGAGGAUCCCAAAAUGACCGACUGGCUAUGGGAGAUUAAGGAGCGAGCCGAGCAGAAGGAGCGCUUCAUCGAUUAUCGCAAAAAUCGGGUGCUGUUCUACUCGCCGGAAGAGCAACAUCGGCGCAUGAUCAUGAAGCAACGCAUGAACCAGGACCCGUACUCGAACACUCAGAAGUACAACUUCAUGACGACCGUCUCGGUUCCGGUGUUUGAUCGCCGAGAGAAUGCGAACAUCACCGAAGAUAUACUGAUGAACGAGGCAUACUGGGUGACGAUCACUCGCGAGACGCGGGUGGCCAACAUACUCGGUGUGGCUGGAGCCGAUGUGCCAAUAGCGGAAAUUAAAAAAUACCUUAAACCUCACCUGCUUGGUGUAAAUGGAUACGCCUUCAUUGUUACCAACAAUGGCUACAUCCUCACGCAUCCUGACUUCCGUCCAGUUUUUCAAGAUAUUCUCAAGCCAGCCUACAACACGGUCGACAUGAUCGAGGUCGAGUUGACCGAUGACGACCAAGGGCCACGAGAGUUCAACAACCAACUGCUUAACAUGCGUGAAUCUAUCAUUAAUCAGUCGACUGGAGCCAAGUGGAUACGGGUGAAGUACCACUUUGAUGAGAUGAAACGGGUAUCGCGUACGAAGCGCCAGUACUACUGGACACCGAUCAAGAACACCCCGUUCACGCUGGUGGUCACGUAUCCCGAGACGUACGGGCUCAAUCGGCUGCAGAUACGCACGGAGGACGAGAUCCACCGUAUUCACGCGAAAGGCAGCAACGUGGCCAGCUUCUUCACCGGUAACAAUUGGAAAAUCCAUCCGGAUUGGGUGUACUGUAAAUAUUUAAACGAACACCCGAACGAAACGUUCGCCACGCCGGAGCUGGAGCUGAAGCAUUUCCUCGAGCGCAUGAAGCUCGGUGGCUGGAAGUGGCCGUCAAACCGCACACCGCCCCCACCGGAACAUGCCAUGUUCUCUAAUAUAACGGGCAAAUUGCCAGAUAAGGACUAUUAUUACUGCGAUCGCGGUUUGAUGCAAGCGCUCGUCUACGACGCAAAGGUAACGGAAUGGUUCUCGAAGAACGUUAGCGGGAGCGGCGGAAACAAGGACGAGAAAGGUCCAAGUCCUAUCGCUGUAUUGAUGGGUUUGCUGCCAAGGAACGAGUUUAAACAGCGCUUUGGCAUCACCGUCUCUUUUCUGGCCACGCACUCAGGGCUAACGCGAUGGCAGGAGUACGCUACCGGUGCGGACGAAUCGAAACAAGCCGAACCCGAUUUUAGCGAAACGCACAACCGAGCGAUCGACGAGGUGUGGUACAAGCGGGCGGUAGAGCUGUACUACAGCAACCGCAACCGGAAGGGUGCGGACGGCGAGAACGGCAAGGACGAUAGCGAUCGGAACAGCUUCGUCUACUCGGUACCGUUCGAUGCGGGCAACCGGAACGACACGCUCGUCACCGCCAGCCAUGCGAUUUUCCACGCGGACGGGGCGCGCGAAGCGCCGGUCGCGGUGGUCGGCUUCCAGUUCCACCACUCGGCGCUGUACACGCUGUUCAAGAACAUUACCAGCCAGUGCGGCCACGGUGAUCCGCGGUGCGAGAAGACCUGCUUCACCGGCGACUACCAGUGCUACGUGAUCGACAACAAUGGGUUCGUGGUGAUCAGCGAGCAGCUGCAGGAGACGGGCGCCUUCUUCGGUGAGGUGAAGCCCGCCUUCAUGCAGCGCCUGCUGGACGACAGCAUCUUUCGCAAUGUGACCGUGUACGACUACCAGGCGGUGUGCUUCAUGGCGAAGGGUUCGAUCAAUCUCGGCACGGUACUGCAGACGCCGCUGCGAUUGCUCUGGUGGCUGCUGACCAACACGUUCUCGUACCUGGUGUGGGUGGUGAUGCAGCUGUUUCUCAGCCUGGCACGGGCGUACGAUGAAAUGUACGACACCGGAGCGUAUGACGUAGUGCCCGAGCUGGGCGAUCUCGACGAUCCAACGCUGAACCGGUACAAGGAGCCCGAGUUUAACAAGGUACUGAUCAACCGUACCCGUCCCGAGCCGUGCGAUCACGUGAUCACGCUGUACGAGCUGAACAUGGACGUCGAUCCGUCGGUGUACACGAAGGAGGCGCAUCAGUGCGAACGUCCCUACGUGGUGCUGCCGAUUCCGUCCAGCAAUCUGCUGCUGCUCGUGCUGGACACGCUCUGCCCACUGCCCACCCACGUGCCACAGCUGUCGACGUGGCCGGUGGAGCACGAUUACAAUGCUUCGCUCGCCUGCCACAAAGCCAGGAGCGAUCCGCUGCCGCGCCGAAGGCCGCUCACCUGCAUCAACAAGCACGCGAAUGAAAGUGUGAUUGAGCUGUGCGGUGACGGUAGCAUACCGAGGCUAAAUGUUGCUUUGCUGCUUGCCCUGCUAGCGUUCGGCCAGUGCAUCGGGCGGCGGUACACUGCCGGCGCCCUCUUCGCUUACCUCUGAGACGCGUCUUCGUGAGCGCGUACUGCCCAAUAGCGUUCCCUUUUUUCCGAUUCGGGUUUCCUUUCCACCGUACCGUAGACGGUGUAGCGACGGAGCGACCGGGUGGAGCAAUUCGUAUACAGGAAGAACCGCAUACUGCAAAAAAAAAAAAACAAAUCAACGGGUCAGGCGACAAACCAGCAAACGGGAACGUGGUUGUAGGGUUGGGAAGGGAGAGAUAUUAUUGUGAGGAUAUGCGAGGAGAAUGGGUUGAUCGUUCUGUUUAUGGAAGAUUGUGUGUUACAUUCCUUGGGAUUUUAUUAGUGGUUAACUCUAGUUUCAAUCUAUUCAUUCCAACUGUUAUACUAUCAACUGUUAUACGGACUCAUCGUUAGUAGCUGCUUUAGUGUCAAUUUGUUAGUACAGUUUUCGUUUCGCGUGCACUUAACGGCAAGAUGUCGAUGUCUUCAUGACAAUUUAUAGUCUAUUCUUUCGUGAUCGUGUAACACAUUCGGGUAGAGAAUAUCGUUUGAGCGUGAACAAUUUUAUAGCACAAUGCAUAGUCGCAACCAAUCGGUUUAAACCAUUUUUGUUACCAUUUUAGGGGAAUGGACAUGAAGGGAUUUUGUUGUGAAACUAUCGAAAGGACAGUUAGCCAAAGAAUUUAUUAAAGAUGCAGAAGCAAGCCGGUGGUUCCCGGUUUGUUGGUUUCGGCGCGCUCCCGUUCAUUGAACCAAGAAUGUACUUUAGUAAAAAAGAAACUCAAAACCAAGCGAAAACACACACCCACAAGGAAACCCCUUUAAAACCGGAUCAAAAUGUAGAAUCGAAACGAAAAGAAAAGAGAUGUAAAACUACAUAUAAGGUUAAAAACAACACACACACACACACACACGACAGGCAUUGCAUUUUUGUCGUAAUCCGUUUUGCUUUUCUCUUUCUACAAAACGCAGACAACAGUACCCGAAAACGGGACAGCGAGUGGGGCAAAAAUCAUUGUUACAGCGAACACAGAACUUAUAGAAACAAAUGAGAGGUGAACUCACGAAAAACAAAAAUCUUACAUCAAGUAAAUUGCAGGAUAAACAGGUUUGUGCUACCAUUAUGGCCAAAAAUGGCGCCACACGUUUGCUCUUUGUUACGAUUCCUAUACGAAAUGUCACAGCACAGUUUCUUAUCACUUUCUAACGAACGAUUCGCGACACGACGAUUGCUUUAUCCAUUCUGUUAUCACUAGAUGUAAGGUGGCGAAGGUGCGAGGUAGAAAAUCAGAUAGAACAUGAGAAUAGAAUUUGUUAAACAGUGGUCUUGAUUCAGUUAGUUGUUGAGAUUGUUUUUAUUGCUCUCCAUUCCUUACUACUAAUCCGCCGUUCGGUUACUGAGUGGUUUUUUGGCUGCAUAAAUGAUGGGCACGGGAUCGAUCCCAAGCGCUCCAUUACGAUCGUGCAUCGAACCGUCGACAGGGCGAACAGACGGAGUUGAAUAUAUCUAGUUACGAAUUUGCUAUUAAUACUACUUACCAUAAAUACUUACAAUUUAUCUACUUGAAGCAUACGAAAAAAAUACAUGCCGAACAACCCGCUCCUGUGUCUGCCCGGUCCACACGGAACGGAAAGGGCAGAGUGCAGCAGAGCGCGGUCACACUUUUUUACGUUGUUUCUAGUGAAGAAUUUUAUUCAACUACAGUAACAAUCGCUUUUCAUGCUCGCAUACUCCAGCUGAAGCGAACUUUCCCGCCCCGGAGACGGGACUGACCCGGCGGCGGUUGUUGGCUCCCCACGUGUACAGUGUCACACUAUCUGUUUUCCUCUGCCUUCCUCAUCCGCCAUUCGCCUGCAAUUUUGUGCGUAACGAAAGCAUUUACCGUGAAUAAUUGUAAAAUCGAACACAUACACACACAUACAACCAUGCGAAGAACGUGCGCCAUCUUCGUGCCAUAAACGAGCUACAUUUACUAAACAUAAAAAGAAACCAGGCAUGGGGUAAUGCUUUCCGUGCCCGUGAGCCUGUUUUGCCCGUCAGCCUAUUGAACCAUGCCUACGUAAGAGAGCCUACCUCUCCAAGUUGUUGUGAAGUGGAGGAGGUGCUAAUGCGAAGGAAAAGGAAAACAGAACAAAGAAACAGAAGCCGAAGGAUAUCAAAAGUAUCCGUUAAUAUAUUAUCCUUUUUGCCUAGAAAAAGCCAUGCAGGAGGGUGUACCAGUAUGAAGGGGGUGUUUGGUUUGUUUUCUUAGCAAUUGUAAACUAAUCACCAAACCGAACAAGAGGCGGAAAAACAGAAAAAAAGAAAGAAAGAGAAAAAUUGCUUUGACUGUUGAUAACGUAAAGAAAAGAUAAAAGAGCGUAUAAAAGAGCGAUGUUGAAGCUGAUUCUUUUUGAUAGUAGCAAAUGGCACUAGGAUAACCAUAUUGGGAAAGUGAUAUGGUAAAUGAAAUUAAAACAAAAAAGUUGAUCAUCAGAACAACAAACAAAAAUUAACAAAAAAAAAAAAACAAGAAAA